ACAGACAAACUCAGCAUAUAUUUCAGGCCUUGACAGCAUUAGGGAUCCUCGAAAGCACAAGCAACACCCAUUAGUGCGGAGCCUUUCCUGUGAGUGCUCAUUGCAAUGGAUUUUGCUGGUCUCAGAAAAUCUAAAAUGGGCGUCAAGAAUGGAGGAGAAACUGAUUGUUGCGGUGAUUUCAAGAUGAUGAAGAAAAGGGAUUUCAAUGGGAAUUCAAAGCUGUUGGCAUCUGAUGCGCUGCUUCUCCCCUUGGGACUCGCCAACAAGUUCUUCUUUCUCGUUUUCUUCGCAUCAUCAUAUUUCCUGAUGAAGAGAUGGAGAGAGAAGAUGGGUACCUCAACGCCUCUCCAUGUUGUCAACUUUGGGGAGCUUGUAGCCAUUGUAGCCCACUUGGCUUCCUUCAUAUAUCUGCUGGGAUUCUUUGGAAUUGAUUAUGUCCAAAACUUUAUCAGUGGCAAUGAUGAUUUUGCUGAAAAGGUGGAUCUCAACAUCCCUCCAACAACCUGUGGGAUAGCAGACAAAGAAGAAAUUGUUGCUAAGAAACCUGAGGUCCAGCUCAAGGGAAUUAACCUUGGUGAGAAUGAGGAUGGAGAUAUUGCAGCUGCUGUAUGUAAUGGCACUGUAGCCUCGUAUUCUCUUGAAUCCUCUCUUGGGGACUGCAAGAGAGCUACCUCUAUGAGGAGAAGGGCCUUAGAGAUCAUGACUGGGAGAUCCCUUGAUGGGCUGCCCCUGGAGGGAUUUGAUUAUCAGUCCAUUCUUGGGCAGUGCUGUGAGAUGCCAGUGGGUUAUGUACAAAUCCCUGUGGGUGUAGCAGGGCCCUUACAAGUCAAUGAGUUAGAGUACAUGGUGCCCAUGGCAACCACAGAAGGGUGUCUGGUGGCCAGUACCAACAGAGGUUGCAAGGCCAUUCUUAUGAGUGGUGGGGCUACAAGCAUUCUUCUCAGAGAUGGCAUGACUAGGGCCCCUGUUGUGAGGUUUCAGAGUGCCAAGAGGGCUGCGGAGCUCAAGUUCUAUAUUGAGGAUCCUGCAAACUCUGAUAACCUCUCUGAUAUCUUCAACAGGACAAGCAGAUUUGCCAGGCUACAAGGUAUAAAAUGUGCAAUUGCAGGCAAGAAUUUGUACAUGAGAUUCUCAUGUUUCACUGGAGAUGCCAUGGGCAUGAAUAUGGUCUCCAAGGGUGUUCAGAAUGUCUUGGAUUAUCUUCAAAAUACGUUCCCUGACAUGGAUGUUAUCAGCGUUUCUGGCAAUUUCUGUGCUGACAAGAAGCCCACAUCAGUGAACUGGAUUGAAGGGCGUGGGAAAUCCGUAGUGUGUGAGGCCAUCAUAACAGAGACGGUUGUGAACAAGGUGUUGAAGACGACAGUUCCAGCAUUGUUGGAGCUGAACAUGCUCAAGAACUUGACUGGAUCUGCAAUGGCAGGUGCCAUGGGAGGAUUCAAUGCCCAUGCUGCCAACAUUGUGUCAGCUGUGUUCAUUGCAACAGGUCAAGAUCCUGCCCAAAAUGUGGAGAGCUCCCACUGUCUUACUAUGAUGGAGGGGGUGAAUGGGGGCAAGGACCUGCACAUUUCGGUGACCAUGCCAUGCAUAGAAGUGGGGACAGUAGGGGGAGGAACUCAAUUGGCAUCACAGGCGGCAUGUUUGAACAUGCUUGGAGUGAAAGGAGCAAAUAGGACAUCCCCUGGUGAGAAUGCGCAGAACUUGGCAAGAAUAGUGGCAGGUGCAGUAAUGGCAGGAGAGUUGUCUCUCAUGUCUGCGCUUGCUGCCGGUCAGCUGGUGAAAAGCCAUAUGAAGUAUAACCGAUCAACCAAAGACGUGAAAGCAGCAGCUUAAACAGAAUAGAUCAAAUUCAGCUCCCCAGGAAUUGUAUAGGCAUACACAUCAUUCUGUGGAAAUCAUAGUCGGUGGGAAGAAUACACAUCAUUCUGUGGAAAGUGAGAACUUAGAACAUGUAUCCCUCUUGGAGUUCCAUAUCCUAGCCCUAACACAUUAGGGAUGCGUUUAAGAUAUGCUGCCAAGGCAAAAUCUCAUGUAUAAAAGUACUCAAGAAUUUAUCAUUCAUAUUAUUUUAAUAA